AUGACAGAGAGUGACUAUCGGUUUAGUGAGGGAAACUUGGUCCUCUUCAAAAGGCGCAAUGGUUGGUUUGAAGGGGAGGUCAAGAAAGUGGGAGGAAGUCAUGGUGGAAGAUCCAUAGCAUACGUGGUCAGUAGACCGGAAGCGAAUGAAGAAUUUCAAAUUGUUGAGGAUACGGACAAUUUCAUUCGACGGAAACCUAACAACUUAGCACCCGACUCUCUCUGCUUUCAACCACCCAUUCCUGAAGAUCCAUUUGCAUUUGCUUAUACGGGAAAGACCAAUAAUCCAUUCAGCGAGGACGGCUUCAACUUGGCGGAAGAAUUCCAAAAACUAGACUCUGUGGCAUCUGCACAGAUCCAACCAGAUGGAAGCAUCAAAAUCCAAAACAAGGAUGGAAGCGUUCAAUUAAGCUCCAGCUAUAAAUUUGAAGCACAAACGGUAUGUGGAGUUCCAACCCACAAUGCCAUGUUUGCGGGGAGCUUGGUAAUGAAUCGCCGCAUCAUUGGUGGUAUGGUCGGGAUUCCAGAUCUAAUUGCCAAUUUUCUUGACGCUGUCCCCACAGAAACCCGAUUGGGAGCUCUGGUACAAGCCUCCAAAAAGUCAAAUCGUAAAAUGCUACAGCUGGCAGAUGGAUUGAUGUUUGGCUUUCAUGGAUGGCCUCGAGAUCCUGACCGAGCAGGGCGGUGCUAUCGUGCGGCCGCUUUUGGAUGCUCCGAAAGGGAUGAAAAGACAAGAUGCGCAGCCUUUGGUCCUGACAACGGAGUGCCUGUUGGGAGUCCAGAAGCCAUGAUUGCAACCCUCCAAGGCAUGGAAAGCUGGAUCAAAGUCUUCUUGUUUGAGGCUUCCCCUAUGGACCGGGUGCCACACAAGAACAUGCUGGUGGCUGCACAUCAUCACAAAGGUGGCAUUGACCUUGUCAAUCAAAUGUUUUUUUGGCUUUACCAUUCUGCGGUUCGUGGUUGGGUGACGCCUACAACCAUAGGAUACUCCAUGGCCUGUCAUGAAAUUGACACUUCAGCUAUCCAAGUCCAUCUCCGAAAGGUUGGUGCCCCAGAAGACACCAUGGAAGUUAUCCGCAAUGUCUGGAAUUAUCGUCAAAUGGAGAUGAACUAUCAAAAGCGACUCGAUAGGGGGGUUGUCCCAAGAGGAAAUCCAACGGAAGCAACUAUCGCCUCAUUCAAGCCAAAGUCAAUGGAGAUAUUCCAAUCUUUGCCAAGCACUCUUGACCAAGUGUACAUUGAGUUUCGAGAAGUCCCUCGUGUGCCUUUUCCAAUCGCCGUCUAUGCGUUGAUCCCGGCCAAAAAGAAAGUUUUGAAAGUGCUCGUGAUUCCUGAGCAUCUACAACUGUCGCCCUUCUCAAGCGAGACUUUCGAGUACGUGUGGUUAAGGCUGGCAUAUGAGCUACAUCUUGGUGAUCCUGCGAGCAAACAGAGAGAAAGGCCCUCCGAGUGUUUCAUGGUUCUUGACUCUUAUGGAAACCGUCAGUUUGCCGAGUACCUACGACAAAUGCUGGACGGGUCCGAAACGCAAGUCAGAUUGGUAACACACGAUGAAAUGAUUUCGGAGAAUCUUUUACGUCGUCAAAGUCUGGGAGACUUGGUUGAAGCAGAGGAAGUCAAAUUCUUGUCCUUGCCAAAAUAUUUGAACGGUGUUGAAUCGGCAGAAGGCUCCGUUCUAAUGGCGGCCCAGCAAGAGUCUGCGAGACGAUAUCGACGGGGACUGAGACUUGCCACCGCGAGUGAUGACCAUACCCAAGCUCAGUAUCGGGAGGAAGCCAACCGGCUCAUGGAGCAAGGAAUUUCGAGAUUUGGUGUGGGGGCUUAUGGAGACGCCGUGAAAUGCUACUCGACUGCAAUAUUCUUGCUACGGCAGACGCUGGAUCUUGACCAGGAUGGCAGACGUUUGCUUGGUAUUCUGCUUGCAGGUCGCGCAACCAGCCUUUGGAAGAUGCAGAGCAAUACCAUUGAGUUUGGCAGGCUUCUAUUGACCAGCGCCGCCAGGGACUGUAGAUUAGCUCUUGGUAGUCGUCAGAUACGAGAUGCUCUUCCUCGCGAAAUCAUCAAGAAUCUCAAGUUUCUCUUGGACAGAGUGGACGCUCGACUGGAGAGGAUGCGGGCCAACGAAGGUUCUCGCAUUUGGGUGACCUGGAAUGCAAUCGAAUCUUACUUCAUUGGCUUCAGUUGGAGGACGCUCUCAAGUAUAUUGUGGCUCUUCUCGUGGAUUCGUACUCAACUCGUGUUCUGGGUAUGGGAUGUGGCUUUGAGUAUCGUCAAGAAGUGGGUUACUGCGGCUGUCUCUGAAGCCAACAAACGUGCUACGACGAUUGCAAAUGAAACUCCCGAUACCGUACCUCAUGUGGGGGGCAGUGAGACAACCGAUCGCGAAAGUGCUACGAUGUUAGUCAAUGACACUGCCAAUGCCGCCCCCCAAACCGAGGGCCUUGAGACAACACAUGGAAUAACCGUUCAGAGAAGAACCCGGGAUCCAGAUACGGCGUUGCAGCAGCAGUCACCGUCGUCGCAGCACAGACGCGACGUCGCCCUGCUGGAAACUGGGCGUGUGAUACACGAUAAUUCGCUGGCAAAGAACUCUGAUGACGGCUGUCCAGUUUGUCUGAAAACCUUCUCGGAAGAGUUAGAAGAAACCUUGGUUUGCGUUUUGGCUUGUGGAGAUCACGCACUCUGUGUGGAGUGUGUCUGUUAUGUGAAGAAAGGUUCAGAUCGCACAAAGCAACAGAUGAAAUGCCCUCUUUGUCGGGCUGCUGUAGAACCUGAUUUUGUCGAGGAUCUAUCCUACCAGAUCAUUGAAACGGAUCAGAGCCUUGGCGCCCUAAUGGAGAAGCUUCCCUUGGAUGACGCCGAUGAUCGCGAAAACGUCCUUCAGCGGCUACUUUGGACCCACGAGUUCCGAGUGGAUCGGGUUGUGGAUAGUCUGGAGAAGAUGCUCGACGAUCAAGUGCGUGCUCAAUUCUUCAGAUGCGAGACUGAUUUUACGCAUGGCCAAAAGGAGGAAAUCUACCAGACAGCCCGCCGUCCAGUGCUUAUACUCCAAGAAAAGGUUCACCGGCUGGUUGAAGAGCACAGAACAACUUUUGACGCAGCCAAGUUGAAGGAGCUGAAUGCGACAAUCACCCAGGUUCGCAACCAAUUGGCUUUUUCAAGAGUCGAGGCACGCGAGCAGAUUUACACCCGAAUGAACGAAGUUGGAAACAUGGGCGCGGAAAGCUCCUUGGAGGGCGGAAGUAGCUUGAUUCCCGUUGACUACCACGGAAUGCACGUUGGUGAGAUGCUCUCAAAGUUCCAAGAGCUAGUCAAGCCCAUUCUUCCCGUAGUGAAGGAAGUGAUGAUCAUUACCGGAAGGGGGCUACACAGCGCCAAUAACGAAGGCAAACUGAAGAAGGCGCUCAUUCGGCAUAUUGACAACAAAGAAGACGACAUCCGAUGGGAACGAGUCGAAGAAAACCCAGGCGCACUCAAAGUUUUGUGGCGGCCCAGAUGA